GUUCAGCCCCGCCCGCGUCCCCUCGCCGUCUCCUCGGCCUGCGCCGCCGCCGCUCGUGGUCCGGGUCGCGCUCCUUCCGCUCCGCCGCCUGCUCGCGAGUGCUGCCCGGCAGGCCGCCAUGGCAAACGUGGCCGACACGAAGCUGUACGACAUCCUGGGCGUCCCUCCCGGCGCCAGCGAGAACGAGCUGAAGAAGGCAUACAGAAAGUUAGCCAAAGAAUACCAUCCUGAUAAGAAUCCGAAUGCUGGAGACAAAUUUAAAGAAAUAAGUUUUGCAUAUGAAGUAUUGUCAAAUCCAGAGAAGCGAGAGCUCUAUGACAGAUAUGGAGAACAAGGUCUGCGGGAAGGUAGCGGCGGAGGCGGUGGCAUGGAUGAUAUUUUCUCACAUAUUUUUGGUGGAGGAUUGUUUGGCUUCAUGGGUAAUCAGAGUAGAAGUCGAAAUGGCAGGAGAAGAGGCGAAGACAUGAUGCAUCCACUGAAAGUUUCUUUAGAAGACUUGUAUAAUGGCAAGACAACCAAACUACAACUUAGCAAGAAUGUGCUCUGUAGCGCAUGCAGUGGCCAAGGUGGAAAGUCUGGAGCUGUUCAGAAAUGCAGUGCUUGUCGGGGUCGAGGUGUGCGCAUUAUGAUCAGACAGCUGGCUCCAGGAAUGGUGCAGCAGAUGCAGUCUGUGUGCUCUGAUUGCAAUGGAGAAGGAGAAGUCAUUAAUGAAAAAGACCGCUGUAAAAAAUGUGAAGGAAAGAAGGUGAUUAAAGAAGUCAAGAUUCUUGAAGUUCAUGUAGACAAAGGCAUGAAACAUGGACAGAGAAUUACAUUCACUGGGGAAGCAGACCAGGCCCCAGGAGUGGAACCUGGAGAUAUUGUUCUUUUGCUACAGGAAAAAGAACAUGAGGUGUUCCAGAGAGAUGGGAAUGAUCUGCAUAUGACGUAUAAGAUAGGACUUGUUGAAGCUUUAUGUGGAUUUCAGUUCACAUUUAAGCAUCUUGAUGCUCGUCAGAUUGUGGUCAAAUAUCCUCCUGGCAAAGUAAUUGAGCCAGGAUGUGUUCGCGUUGUUCGAGGUGAAGGAAUGCCGCAGUAUCGUAAUCCCUUUGAAAAGGGUGAUCUUUACAUAAAGUUUGAUGUGCAGUUUCCGGAAAACAACUGGAUCAACCCAGACAAGCUUUCUGAAUUAGAAGAUCUACUGCCAUCUAGACCAGAAGUUCCUAAUGUAAUUGGAGAGACAGAAGAAGUGGAGCUUCAGGAAUUUGAUAGUACUCGAGGCUCUGGAGGUGGUCAGAGGCGUGAAGCCUAUAACGAUAGCUCUGAUGAAGAAAGCAGCAGCCACCAUGGACCUGGAGUGCAGUGUGCCCAUCAGUAAACUGCAGGCGGCUGCACAGGUGGAUUUUCCUUCCACAUUUUCCGGAUAAGCCAGCUGCUGGAGUACCUGAUGAGUCCAGAUGAACUGACAGACAUCUGUUGAUCUAUGUGUAACUUCUAAAUUGGUAUAGUAUCCACAGAGUGUAUAAUUUAAACUAACCACGAAGCUUUACAUCUUCAUUUCGACUGUUCUGUAGCAGAGUAAAGCACUUGAAAUAAGACUCCCUUUCACAUGUGGGUUAUAAGUUUCAGUCCUGGUAUCUGCUUGAUUUUUAUCAGUUUUGUGUAGACUUUAUGUUUCAUAUUUUAAACUCAAAUCCAGCAUUGUAAAGUUUGUACAAUUUGUCCUGAAGCUUUGUGUUUGGCUGCACCUGCAUAAGCUGCUACAAAUAGAAUAAAGAAUUCAUAGCCUGUAUCUAUCAUUUAGAUGCAUGGAAAAAUGGGCUUUGCACACGAUGGGUUUGAAGCUGUCUGGGAACAGUAGAAAAAAUUACAUUAGCCAUGGUUGUAAAGUUUUUUGGCUUUUUUUUAAAAAACCAUUUUGUGAAAGGUUUCUGAAACUUGAUAAUAAAAAGCAGUUGGUGUAAAUUAUUCUGUGUCACAUUUUUAGAAAGAGCCUAUUUUGAACUGUAAACAAGUAUCCUUACAGUGAGGAGGGACUCUGGUUCUGGUUUUAAACAGCCCUUAAAGAUCCAUUGGCCUGAAGCUUCAGGGCCUGCCCGUUUUAUAGUUUGCAGACACUAAAGUUGAUUGAAACAGGCUUUAUUGAUUUCAGUUGAUACUCUGUAGCAUCAAGAACAUCCAAAUCAAUCAUCUAACUCCCAGGUUACCCUGAAAAUUGGGACAAGCCCAGGCCUCAGUUAUCUUCUUGUACCCCACUUUUUGAAAAUAAGGUAAUGGCAGAUGAAUAGUAGAACCAUGUUUACACAGACCUGGUAAAAUGCAGAUUUUGUUAAAUAUGAAAAAUUGCUGUCUCGUUAAGUUGAUAUCUGAAUUUAGGGAAGCAUUGACUGAUAAUCUACAUAGAAAACUAAGACUCUUAGGUCAGCAAACAUUCACCAAGUGGCUGAGCCAGCGGUGAGAGGGUUCAGUUUGAUCCAUGUCCUGGUCAGCACCUAGUUUUCCAUCCUAAUGAAAUGAAAGGAUGGGUUUCCAUCUUCUGGUGAUUACUUUUUUUCUCCCUGAAGUGUUUUUUUUUUUUAAAAAACAUGUUCAUUUGAGGUCCAAGCAACACCAGCUACACACAUUUUACAUUUGUCAAAGGAACAACAGGACAAAAAUGGAAAUUCAGAUUUUUCUUUUCAGUGUUAUUAUACCAUCUCUGAGCCAAUAGUGCUUGGGUACAUUUCUAGAGAUAUUAGAACCUGGGUGAAAAGAAUGUCCCCAAACUAAUCAAGACCUGUGAGGGUUAAAUUACUGCCCUAUUCGCUCUACCUCCAUUGUACAAAAACACUUUGCAACAAGCCUGGGCAAGGUUCAGCGGCAUAACAGUUUUGUAUUUGAGGUUAUUUCCCCACACACUUUAAGCCUAAGCAAUGCAGUGAUAAUAUAAACUUUGUAGCCUUUCCAAUAAAGGUUUAUAAAACAGUU